AGGCCGGGAUGUAGCACGUCCUCUUUGAGAGUAUAUAUACUCAGCCUACAGCAGAAGUGGAAUCAGUCAUAGCUAAAGUCUUUAGAAACCUUUCUGGUUUGGCUUGAAUUAGAUUGACAAAAUGAUGAAGACUCUACUGUUGGCCUGUGCAGCUGUUUGCGCCUUUGCUGCUCCUUCAAAAACAGAUGAGAAACGUUUAUUGGAAGAACUUUCUGUUGAAAUCAACAGCACUUUGAAAGACCUAAAUCAUAAGGACGACAUCUUUGUGACAGAUCUGAAAGUGAAGAAUCAACAAUGUAAGGAUGACUUUUUCUGCCAGUUUGAGCAAGUACUAAAAGAGGAGGUGUCUGGACUGUCUGGGGUCAUUUUUGAACAUUUCCGUACAAACAAAAAACUAAUGAGGAAUUUGGAUAAAUUUAACCGCUAUCAUGAGAAAACCUGCAAACCUGUCCACAUAAAAAAACAUGAGGAAAUCCUCUUGCGUGAUUUCAUGAAUGUUCUUAAAGGUUGUGUUCAAAAAAGAUAUCGCGAAAUGUAAAAAAUUUGCUUGAUGUUUUUUCAGUGAAGUUACCUUAUCGCCAGACCAAGCAGUUAAUUUAUGAAAGAUCAUAUUUAUGUUUUAUAUUUCUAUUGAAGUCAUAUUUUAUUUACAUUGACUGUGUUUCUGAAAGGUUGUCUUUUAGAAUUUUGUAACUGAAAAAAAUUAGCUGAAAUAUAUUUUUACACUCUCAAAUAUUGUCUGAUGUUUCCUUUAUUCUACAGAUUUUGUGUGUUUCUGAGAGUGGUUUGAAAAGGUUGUGCAAUUUUAGUGUAUUGCAGUUUUUUUGGGUUUUUUUUUUUUUUUAGAUAAACAAAGGACGAGUUAAAUAACCUUUAGCGACCUUUACAGUUCAUCAUGUUGACAUACACAGAAUAUCAAUAUGCAUAUAUAAGUAUAUCUGACAGAGAUGGAUCAGGUGACAUCACAAUAUAUACUAUAUUCAAAAUGUUUAUUGCAUCCAAUAUCAGCUUGAACAAAAUAUGAAAUGUAUAUAGUUGGAAUGUGCUUUCGUAAUGUAUGUAGAUAAAAAUGUACACAACUGUACAAAAUUAAUAAUUGUUAUCAUUACAGUUGUAUUAAUAAA